AAGAAACGAAUUGUGUUUAAAUGCAUAUGUACAUUAUUAGGCCGCGGGGCGCGCGACAAUCUGGGCCGACGCGACAGUGCGGCCGUCCUUGGCCUCGUCCACGACCCAGUCCAUGGCCGACGAGAGCGUAAAGGCCGAGAGGACGUCGUUGCGCGGGUCGUUGGCCGGGCCGAAGCGCGUGCGGCCGUCGUACCAGAUAAUGGCUUGGCCCAUCUCUUCGACGUUGGAGGUCAUGACAAGCCAGUAGUGGGCGUCGGGCUGCAGCGUCUUGGGCGUCGACGGCACCCAUUGAAACUCGAUGCGCUUGGAGAUUGUUUCGAUUUGGAAUUUGUCGGCCUUGGCGUUCGCAUCGCACGCGGGCAGUCCGUUGACUGUCGGGCAAAUGUCGAGCGUGAUCCACGUCGCCUUGGGGUCAAUGUUUUUGGUCGUCACCGUCACGUUGGCAUAGUCGACGAGCUGGUUGACGCCGCACGCGCUCGCCGACCGGAACUGCACUGCGAUCGACUGGUCUUUCGAGACGGGCGUGCCCACGGAAGAUUGUCGUCGGGACGGCCGCUGUCGAGAAGCAACUGCGCCGAGGCACUGGCGGCGACAGCGAGAAGGGAAGCAAGAGUCCACUGCAUCGCUAGAGUUUGA